ACUGCACAGACCCACUCAAUGUAAGAGAGACUGCACUCCAAUGUAGUCCAUCAGAAAGGGUAUCUAGCUAACGUUAGCUAUAGCCAUUUUACUUGGUGCAUUUGGUUGUAAGCCGAAGUAAAAAAAUAAUGGCUAAGCAGCUAGGAAAGGAUUUGGAUGGGAUCAUUGGGGUGUAUGUAGUUUUGUGUCACGAGGGUGCUUGUUGCGUUGUGUACUAAAGGUGGACGGGUAUCACUUGGGUCUUGCUGCCGUCUGUUUACCUAGCCAACUGAAUUUGCUACACCAGCAAAGACACAUUGGGAUGUCCAUGAAGCAAGUUCAUCGGGCCUGAGCAUGGACCGCCGACAAUGCUAGUGCUACCAUGGGCAGCGUCACACUGCGCUACUUCUGCUAUGGUUGCCUCUUCACCUCUGUGACCUGGUCCGUCCUGCUCUUCCUCUACUUCAGCCUGAGCCAGGACAGCGGCCGGCCCUCCUUCAGGAAUGUGCCCAUCCAGGGGCCCCAGGCCAAACGCUUCCAAUCACGCUUCACCAGGAGCCCUGGAGGAGGCCAAGAGCAAGGCAUCAAGGCAGUCCCUGCAGCAAGAGGCAACAAAAAGGCCGAUCUCUCUCCGGAGAUGGGUAUGAUUUUUAAUGAGCAAGACCAGGAGAUUCGAGACAUGGGCUAUCACAAGCACGCUUUCAACGUACUCAUCAGCAAUCGACUGGGCUUCCACCGAGACCUCCCCGACACUAGGGACGACCGGUGCCGAGAUGGAAUCUAUCCUCUGUCCCUCCCCACGGCCAGCGUAGUGAUCUGCUUCUUCAAUGAGGCGUUCUCCGCCCUCCUGCGCACCGUGCACAGCGUCCUAGAUCGCACGCCUGCCUACCUGUUGCAUGAGAUUAUACUGGUGGAUGACAGCAGUGAACUAGCUGACCUGAAGGAAGACCUGGACAUCCAUGUCCAGCUCAACCUCCAGGGCAAGGUCAAGGUGGUCCGCAACGAGAAGAGAGAAGGACUGAUCCGAGGGAGGAUGAUAGGGGCCUCUCAUGCCACAGGGGAGGUGCUGGUGUUCCUCGACAGCCACUGCGAGGUAAACGAGGCGUGGCUAUCGCCCCUGCUGGCGCCCAUCCAGCGGGAACGCAAGACGGUGGUGUGUCCCGUCAUCGACAUAAUUAGUGCCGACACGCUGGCCUACAGCCCCUCCCCCAUCGUGCGGGGGGGCUUCAACUGGGGGCUGCACUUCAAGUGGGACCCUGUGCCCGCCUCAGAGCUCAACGGCCCCAACGGAGCACUGGGCGCCAUCAGGUCCCCCACCAUGGCCGGUGGUCUGUUUGCCAUGGACAGGAAGUACUUUAACGAGCUGGGCCAAUACGACAGCGGCAUGGACAUCUGGGGCGGCGAGAACCUCGAGAUCUCCUUCCGGAUCUGGAUGUGUGGGGGCCAGCUCCUGAUCAUUCCCUGUUCGCGGGUUGGUCAUAUAUUUCGUAAACGGCGGCCCUACGGGUCACCCGGAGGUCAGGACACCAUGGCCCACAACUCCCUGCGCCUGGCCCACGUAUGGAUGGAUGAAUACAAGGAGCAGUACUUCAACCUUCGGCCGGAACUCCGGGAACGCGCCUACGGUGACAUCAGCGAGCGGCAGGCGGUGCGCCAACGGCUGCAGUGCCACUCUUUCAAGUGGUACCUGGACACCAUCUACCCCGAGAUGCAGGUGGCCUCAACCCACAACAAGCCUCAGCAGCCUGUGUUCGUCAACAAAGGUCUCCGCAGGCCCAAAGUGCUGGAAAGAGGCCGGCUGCGGAACCUGCAGGCUGACAAGUGUCUGGUGGCUCAAGGGAGGCCAAGCCAGAAGGGGGGUGCCGUGGUGCUGAGGGCCUGUGACACACACAACCUAGAACAGGAGUGGGCCUAUGAUGAGGAGCACGAGUUGAUCCUGACUGGCCUGCUGUGUCUGGACAUGUCCGAAAUCCGCUCGUCUGACCCGCCCCGUCUCAUGAAGUGUCACGGCUCAGGAGGCUCCCAGCAGUGGACCCUGGGGAAGAGCAACCGGCUAUAUCAAGUCUCAGUGGGCCAAUGCCUGGCCGUGGUCGACACAAUCAGCCCCAAGGGAUACGUUGCCAUGGCGAUAUGUGAUGGCUCUCAGUCCCAGCAGUGGCAGUUGGAGGGCUGAUGUUGAUACCCCACGACUAGUAACGUUCCAGACAUUGACUGCCCCCCUCUGGAUAGGGGGGGGGGAUACUGCACGCUGCUGCUGUGACAAGGAAAGAGGGAUGGAACUAAUUAUACGGACUGUGUUCUUGAAGACUUGGAGAAUGAAUGCUGUUUGUCUUCAGAACUGGUUCCAGCCUCCCUGAAGUGCACAGAGUAAGUACACUGUAGUCUCAACUGCAUUUGUAUGACUUCCCCUCUUGGAAAUUAGUACUCCAUUUUUCCCUGAGAACAAUUCCUUGUCCUGUGUUUUAGAAUGUGUCAUGCAAGUGAUUUAAAAAAAAAAAAGAAAAAAAAAAAAAAGUACAAUCAUGUUUUAAAUGAAUUUUAUCCAAAUAAUAUUGCGUAAGUCCCGAAAAAGUGUUUACUAAGAACUGUGGACUACCAGUAUUAGGACCCUGGUUUUAUAGUCAUUUUAUUCUGUACUUAUUACAAUCUGUUGUUAAAGUGGAAUUGGCAGCGUUUUAACUACUUUUCAGAUAUGAAACAGACAAUCAUGACAAAUUCCUUGACGUACAGUAAGCCAUUGUUGGCAGAAUAGCUGGAUGUAAUUCACCAAUACCAGAAAUAUUGCAAAUCACAGCUGGCCUGCUACACUAUAGUUUGCUGCAUCCACCCAAUCAGGAUGCACUGUUUUAGUUUCAAUGACUCAAUACAAUCAACCUGGCAAUGAAUAAGUCAGUCAUACCAUGGCUAAUAGGCUAGCGUAUCUAUUUAUUUAGCAAGCUAAAAACACAGAGCCCAACAUUGGGAAGAUGUCAUGCCAUUGGAGGAGUGACCCAUUGUUGCUAUGUUUGCAGUUUUUUGGGCUAAGUUGCACUGCGGCUGCCAUGGCUUUUCUCUUAAAUAUUUUUUGCUGAGACCUGCUGCUGACUCAGGCAGUGAGGCAGGCUGUUGCUGAGUGAGUGGUGGGGAGGACCAGAGGAGUGUGUGUUGAGAGCACUGAAGUCAUUGGCUGAGUCACAUGAGCAAGAGGAGAGCGAGCAGCAUGUGCGCUCGUUGUGGCAACUUUUUACCAGUUGUAGGUAGGCUUGUCAUUAUGGAACACCUUCUUCCAUAAAACAUUAAUGCGCUAGAACUGAUGCAAAUCAAGAAAUAAUGACACAAAGCACUGGAAAAAGACUGGGCGCACUAGAGCACAUUACAUAUAUUCGCUCCAAGGUGGUUUAAACUGCAUUCCAAUGUUGACUGCUUAAAGACAACGGUAUCAAGCUCAGUUCUUGGGUCUCCGGGGCUGCCCGGGUGGAAAUUAUGGAACUCCCUCACGUGGUUAUUUUUAUGGGGGAAAGUUCAAUGAAAUUGACAAGCAUUAUACAUUUGCUUCUGUUGGAGUGCCUGGACACAGCCAUGGAAUAUUGGCCAUAUAUCACAAACCCCAGAGGAGCCUUAUUGCUAUUAUAAACUGGUUAUCAACAUAAUUAUAACAGUAAAAAUAAAUGUUAUGUCAUACCCGUAGUAUUCAAACUGAUAUACCAUGGCUUUCAGCCAAUCAGAAUUCAGGGCUCAAACCACCCAGUUUAUAAUUACAAUUAGAAACAUGGUUUGAGCCCUGAAAGCCGUGGUAUAUCAGACCAUAUACCACGGGUAAGACAAAACAUUGGUGGGUAUAUAGCGGCUCCGCGUUGCGUCUUGCAUAAGAACAGCCCUUAGCCCUAGUAUAUUUGCCAUAUACCAUACCCCCUUGUGCCUAAUCCCAGCUGUCGAACGAGUUAAAUUCUGGCAAGUUUAAGGGCAAAUUCUUUUCUUGCCACAUACAAAAUUUGUUCUAACAUCAUUACAAUUAACUAUGAUAUUCCUUCCUAAUUGGCUCAAUAACAUUAUGGAAAAAUGGUUUAUUCUUUAGAUAUGGCAACUUCUCUCUCACUGAAAAAAGGGUUUUGAGAGGUCAUUGGGCUAGAAUUUUUUUCGUGACCUUUUUCUUUGUGGCUAGGGAUGCAGGUGUCAUUUGGUAAGCAAGCAUGAAAUGUGAAUCGCUUCGAGUUAGCUUGGCUGAGCUUGAACGGCUCCAGUUAGCAUAUCUCUUGCGUUCGUAAAUUCGCUCUGGCUAUCUACUCUUGUCUGUGUGUGCCAUAGCGCAGAACACUGAGGAAUUUAUGAAUGAGCAGUCAGUAAAAAAGUCAGCAACACAAACAGCAUACAGCAAUUUACUCUGCUAGGGCGAGUAAAUUGUCAGAGUGGUGUCUGGAAACUAGCCAACUUUAGCCAGUUAGAUUGGGUGCCGUUGUGAGGUCAGAAGCUUCGGAUCAACCCUACUCCUCGUCCGGAAUGCCCAGAUCUCACUCAAACACACCCCUUGUUAAUGUGCAUAACUGAGUGAGAGAGAGCCUACCUUUUUAUUGUUUGAUCAAUAGGACUGUGAAGUUCCCAAAUGUAACAGGACUCCCAUGGUAUUUUAGUGCCUUCGGAAAGUAUUCAGACCCCUUGACUUCUCCCACAUUCUGUUACACUACAGCCUUAAUCUAAUCCUCAACAAUCUACACACACUACCCCAAAGCGAAAACGAGUUGACAUUUUUGCAAAUGUAUUAAAAACAACCUUAUUUGCAUAAGUAUUCAGACCCUUCGCUAUGAGACUCGAAAUUGAGCUCAGGUGCAUCCUGUUUCUACAACUUAAUUGUGGUAAAUUAAAUUGAUUGCACAGGCACACACCUGUCUAUACAAGGUCCCACAGUUGACCGUGCAUGUAGGAAUAAAAACCAAGCCAAUGAGGUCGAAGGAAUUGUACGUAGAGCUCCAAGACAGGAUUGUGUCAAGGCACAGAUCUGGGGAAGGGUACCCAAAAAUGUCUGCAGCAUUGAAGGUCCCCAAGAACACAGUGGCCCCCAUUAUUUUUUUAAAUGGAACAAGUUUGGAACCACCAAGACUCUGGCCGAGCGGCCAGCUCUAGGAAAACGGGGGAGGAGGGCCUUGGUUUGAGUAAAAAUUUUACAGGGACAGUGCGCAUUAAUCAACGUUUCAGUAAAAGUGACGGUUUUAGCCAGCCGGCUAAUUUUCAACCGCAGUCCCUGGGCAGGUUAUUAAAAACAAUUACAAUACAGACAAUCGAUAAGCAGUGAGCACACGCAGAGCAACAUAGGACAAGCAACCAAGAACCAGAUUGUCACUUUGACAAGAGUUCCUCUGUGGAGAUGGGAGAACCUUCCAGGAGGACAACCAUCUCUGCAGCACUCUACUAAUCAGGCCUUUAUGGUAGUGACCAGACGGAAACCACUCCUCAGUAAAAGGCACACGACAGCCCUCUUGGAGUUUGCCAAAAGGCACCUAAAGAAUCUCAGACCAUGAGAAACAAGAUUCUCUGGUCUGAUGAAACCAAGAUUGAACUCUUUGGCCUGAAUGCCAAGCGUCACAUCUGGAGGAAACCUGGCAGCAUCAUGCUGUGGGGAUGUUUUUCAGCGGCAGGGACUGGGAGACUCAAUGUCCUUGAGUGGCCCAGCCUUGAACCCAAACAAACAUCUCUGGAGAGACCUGAAAAUAGCUUGAGCUUGAGAGGAUCUGCUGAGAAGAAUGGGAGAAACUCCACAAAUGCAUGUAUGCCAAGCUUGUAGCGUCAUACCCAAGAAGACUCCGCUGUAAUCGCUGCUUUAACAAAGUACUGAGUAAAGGGUCUGAAUACUUAUGUAAAUGUGAUUUUAGAAUAAGGCUGUAACAUGAAAAAGACAAGGGGUCUGAAUACUUUCCAAAGGCACUGUACAUAUUUUCAGAAAUUGAUUCAUGUGUAUUUUAUGUCUUUUGGCGAAUGCAUUCUAAAGUCACGCUGUUACUACUGCCUGUAAACACAGUCCAGUUCAAAGUGAAUUAUGCCAGGCCCAUGUGGCAAACGGCUUAAUUGCAUAUAAGCCUACGGCGCACCUAUCUGCGGAGACUCUGGACAAUACAGAUUGUAUAUUUACUCUAGUGUCUAACUCUCUAAAAGCACAGCUGUUUCCCACUCUAUAUUGCUAUAGACAUUUUCACAAAUGCCUUACUAUACGUCAUUCCCAAACUUUUAUGAAAAUGUAAAACAAAAGAAUCUUCCUGGGGGUGUAUGCGAGCAGAUUUCAUGUUACAAAGCUGUCAGUUCCACUUGAAUUACUAUGACAUACAGUAUUUAAUUUUGUAAAAUUUUCUUUGGCAGAAACUUUCUAUUGUACAAAUAUUUAUCACUGGAAUUUUGUUUUAAGUUAUGCAUUUGUCAUACUUCUUUGAAACUGUUGAUAGGCUAGACCAGGGCUCUCCAAACCUGGUCCUGGAUAGCUACCCUCCUGUAGGUUGUUUGCACCAACCCCAGUUUUAACUAACCCGAUUCCGCUCUACAACCAGCUAAUUAUUAGAAUCAGGUAUGCAAGAUUAGGGUUGGAGAGCCUUGGGCUACACUGCAUUAGCUCUACUGACCAAGAGAUCGACAUUGUGUGCAGUCUAUGGAAAUCAUGUUGAAUAGGGUAAGUGGAAAUGCAGGGAUAGUCUUUAAUUUCCCAGUCUCGGAUCACACUAACCGUCUGUCCUGCACUGUUCUAGUGAGCUAUGAUUUGUUUUUGUUUUCUUAUCUAAAUGUACGCUGUGAGGUUGAGUAAUUAUCUUGCAAAUGAGACACCCAAAUAAAUGUUAAUUGAAGUAUGAA